AUGAAUGCCACUCUUGUAGUUUUAGCUACCACUCCUACAAUCACAGACCUGACAACAGAAAAGUUAGAAGGGGAUCAAAUAAAAUAUCAGUGCACUUCUUCUCAUACAAGACCUGUUGCUAUAGUUACAUGGAAGAUUGGAACUCAAAUAUUGAGUGAUCCGGAAAAUACAGAACAAAGUCAUGAGAAUGAUCUUAAAUCUGUUAUAAGUAUUGUAACAUUUACUGCCAACAGAACUGAUAACAACAAAACAAUUUCUUGUGAAACUACAAUACCUGAACAAAGUAAUUUAUCAAAGGCUCAAGAAAAGAUGGCUGUAUAUUGGCCUCCGUCACAACCUCAAAUUAAGAAUGAUAGUUUUCCAUUCCUAGAAGGUCAGACAGGAAAGAGUAUUGAUUGUUCCUCAUCUGAUUAUGGUAAUCCUACAUCUACAGCAACAUGGACCAAACAAUAUGGAACACCUGAUAGUGCUGAUACAAGGAAACUAAAGUUACCUAAGCUAACGUAUCAAGUUGAUAGAAGUCCAGUAAAAUGUCAGUUGAAGAAUUUAUUUACUAAGAGGAAAGGUCUUCAAAUCCAGUCCAAACAAGUUCUAUUACAAGUGGAAUAUUUUCCCAGAAUGCAGAUACUAGUGGAUAGUAAACAAGUCAAUACAAUAACAAAAGAUGAGGGUCAAACUUUGUCUGCUACAUGCAAUGCUACAGGUAACCCUAUCCCAGUUGUAAACUGGACAGUUGGACAACAGCCUAGAGGCCCUACUUUGUUAUUUGAUGAUAUAGAUAGAACAAAUCAUGGGAAAUACACAUGUAGAGCUACAGCAACAUCAAAUCAUUAUACAAGUGAUGACUUUGUAAAAGAAGAAGAAUUGAAUGUGAUUGUUAACUAUGCACCAGAUGUCACUGUAACUGUAAGUAGUCGGAAUCCAACUGAGAACAACACCCUAACAGUUAAAUGUGAAGCUAAAGGAAGGCCUGAAGAUUAUCAUAUCUUGUCAAUUGUACAUAAAUUGGGAGAUGUGGUUAUAUCUAAAGUACUUAAUCCAACCAAUGGUGUCAUAGAAGUACAAAAUGUUCAACUGCAAGAUAGUGGUACUUAUAUUUGUGUUGCAAAUAAUGGCAUUCGUGACAGGAACCAGAAGCUUGAUCAAAGUGGAAACAACACUGUUAAAGUUAAAGUUUCACCAAAGUUGCUUUUAAAAAUUGGCGACAGAAUAUUUGCUGGAGCUCCUAAGACCACAGUCAAUAUUACAGCACCAUUUUACAGUGACCCUCCACCUCAAGCUGUACAAUUCAAAUUUCAAAAUGGCACUUUAAUAACAAACUCUAGCAAACAUACAGUGUCAGUCUUUAAAGGAAACGUUAAGGACAUGUUUAAUGGAAAAGAAGUGGAGCUAGAUGGUUACUUUGCUCAGCUUCAGAUAAAGAAUGAGGAAGAAUCAGAUUUUGUUAACUACACCUUGGUUAUUGAUAAUGGGAUUGGAUCUUAUAAAUCAUGGAUUUUGAAACAUGUCUCCCAAAGUAAACCGUCAAUUCCUAAAUAUUUCAAUUUCACCGGCCUUAAAGAUGGAAUACCAACAUUUCUUUUAGUCGGUGAUUUCAACGGAGGACUUCUCCAAACAUUUGUUAUAGAAACAACUGAAGUUGGAAAAAACAACUGGGUGGAGAGACUUAAAUUUAAUGAAACUGAUACAGCAUUUCUUCAGGCCGAGAAACUUACCUUUACUUUUAACAUAAGCGGAUUGCAACCUAAUAUAUAUGAUGCUAGAGUACGCACUGGAAAUGGUAUUGGCUGGAUAAAUGAAACAGAUGCCCUAACUGUCCAGUUUAUAAUAACAGAAAAAAAAGUCAAGCCAAAUCCACCUGGUACAGUUGCUGCAAUUGCAGGAGGUGUUGCAGCUGCUGGCUGUGUGAUAAUACUAGCUAUUGUUUUGGUGUUUGUUUGGAAGAAAAGAUCAAAAAGCAAAGAUGACAGAUCAGAUGUCUUGAAUAAAAG